AGCGCGUGGAAGUAGACCAGGAAUACAUUCAUGUUCCCUGAGCUCCAGGAAAAACCAACCCAAGCACCCCAAUUUCUAAAAAGGUUUUACUAAAAAAAGACUAUUUUCGAACUCUUUUACACAAGAGUCCUCACAGACCAAUAAUAAGAAAAAACUAUACGAUAUAGCCCAAUCUUACUGUUAUGAGUCGAGAAUGAGUACCACAGAAGACAACGGAAGCAAGUGCUCUUCGGCCCCGAUUUCCACCUUCACUAUUCAGUCGAUAUUGGGCAAGUCGUCGGAGAAGCCACGGUCCGGGGCGAAGGAGAGUUCCAAGGGACUGCAGCUGGCGAGGACGCGCUUGCUCUCGGUUUCUUCGGAAGAGGAGUGCAGUGGUGGGGAGGACUCAGCAGACUGUUUCUGCUCGGAUCCUGGUCACAGCGAGCCAUGCAACCAACAUCAACCACUUAAUUUUUCAUGUUUAGGUGCAACCAAGGGACUUAUUUCAAGCCAUGACGGGAUUGCACGGCGACCGCACUUGACACAGCCUCUGCUGCAGGAUUACAAAGAGGAACAAGAGAGACCAUGCAAUCCAAUGUCACCUAUUUCCGAGGAGAGACAGACAGACGGUGCGGACAAGCAGACUAACUCGUCCAAGAAGAAGACUCGUACCGUCUUCUCGCGGAGUCAGGUGUACCAGCUCGAGUCCACAUUUGAUAUGAAGAGGUAUUUGAGCAGCUCCGAGCGAGCUUGCUUGGCAUCAAGUCUACAGCUAACAGAAACUCAGGUGAAGACGUGGUUUCAGAACCGCAGAAACAAAUGGAAGCGACAACUGUCGGCGGAACUGGAGGCUGCGAACAUGGCACACGCAUCCGCACAGACACUGGUCGGAAUGCCGCUUGUUUUUAGAGAUAACUCCCUGCUCCGGGUACCAGUUCCAAGAUCUAUUGCUUUUCCAACGCCACUAUACUAUCCUGGCAGCAGCCUACAAGGGUUACCACUGUACAAUCUGUAUAACAAGAUUGAAUAUUGACUCAAUGCCUGUGAUGACAGUCCAAAAAAAUAACACGUUAACACACGACAGUACUUUCUUAUAAAUGUCUGCCAAACUCUUGUAUAUUAUAUCACUUUAUUUGUUUAAAAAAUAUGUCUUAUUAUGCAGCAAAUAUUUUAACAAGAAAGCAACAAGCUUCUCUAAAUGUAUAAAAUACACCAUGUGUAUAAUAAUUAUUUUGAACCUUGAUUUUGCGUUCUUCUCCCUGGUUACACGUUAUAUUGUGGGAAUUUAGACACUGAAAUACAUAUGUUAUCAAGUGGACUGUUUCCCAAACGAAUUAUGAAUGCAUUCAAACAGUUUUAAAUGUAAUGUGAAUGUGAAUAUGAAAUAUUGAGGUCCAACCACCUUAAUCUGUUAAAAUACUGGAAGAAAUUGGGUUUAUACAUUUGGGGAUAUGGAAGUGCAAACUCGUUGCUUCGAUUUUGGGGAAAUGUUAUUGUAAUCAUAGGCCCACCAAAUGAACUGCUAAUUCAAUAAAUUUUCU